AUUCAAGAAAGCAUAUACUCCACUAAUUUAGGGUGUCUCCCGUUAGUUUCUAAAACUCGUUGCCUCUUUUGCUUCCAGUUCAAAAGCUCACACAAUCCCUAACUCUAACCUAUUAUUUAAAAUUUCUUUGCCAGCUUCACAUUUAGGAUUUUACUUGCAGCUGACGAACGCUUGAUUUCUUUUUAGAAUGGCGGCCACAGCAACUGCUAAAUCAUUGGCGUUGCUGGAUACAGAGAACCGCGAGGUUCUCAAAAGUUGGGAUGCCAUCUUUACUCAUGGCAACACUGAUCCAGUCGCUCCUCUUGAGCCACUGGCCUUCAACGGCUUUGGACUUCACGUCUCGGCCAAAGACCACCAUCAACCAAAAACAGAAGAAGACGAAUCAGCAAAGGGGGAUUUCGCUGGUGCAAAAACGUCUGUUUGGUGGGACAUUGAGAACUGCGAGGUUCCAAAGGGUUGUGACCCCCAUGGUGUUGUUCAGAGCAUUAGAUCGGUGCUGUUGAAAAGGAACUACUGUGGUCCGCUCACUAUUUAUGCCUAUGGUGACACAACUCUCUCUUCCACCGGCGUAUCUCUCAAUCACGUCCCUGCGGUCUCUAAUGGCUCAUUCUCUAUGUUCUUGAUAAAUGAUGAUGGUGAGAAUUUAACAGGAGUAAAAGACGGGAGUGACAAGAAGCUCCUUGUAGACAUCGUGUUGUGGGCAAUGGAAAACCAAGCUCCUGAAAUCUCUGGUGAUAAAGACUUCUCUUAUCUUCUUCACAAACUAGGUAUGAAGAGGUAUAACAUCAUCGCUUCUGCAAAAACCGUAUGGUUAUGGACAAGCAUUGUUAAUGGGGAUCGUCCUAAAGAUUCUGGCUCUGAGGUUUUAAGACAUUUGGGUCCUAAACAAGCUCAAGGGACCAAGAGGUGCCGGAGUUUCUGUGAAUUAUGCAAUGUUUUUUGCUCAAACCAUGAUUUAACCGCUCACCUCUCUGGUAAAAGGCACAGAACUAACGUUAUGCUAGCAGCCCGUGGACGCCCUCUUGUCAGUAAUUCAAUCGAACAAAAGUUUGCAUGGUGCCGAGAUUGCCGUAUCAGUUUCCGCAGGUAUGAAACGGACAUCUUAGAGAAAAGCCACCAAGAAAAACUUGAAGAUCAAAACGAGCAUUCCAAAAAGCGCAUCUGCAGGAGUACUACCCCCUAAACGUCUCCUAUAAGUUUUAGAGGGAAGAUAAUGCGAUUAGAGUUUGUUAAUUGCCAAACUUGUCCUUUGAGUCUCAUCUUAGUUACCUUGUU